AUGAUAGGGACGGUGGAUGCUUGGCCAGAGCUGGAGGAGAAGGGUUGGACUGAGACGGAGGAGGAGGAUCAGCCUGAGUUGGAGGAGAAGGAUCCGCCGGAGUUGAAGGAGAAGUGUCCCUCGGAGUUGGAGGAGAAGCGUCCCUCGGAGUUGGAGAAGGAUCCGCCGGAGUUGGGGGAGAAGGAUCAGCUGGAGUCGGAGGAGAAGGAUUCGCCGGGGUUAGAGGAGAAGGGUUCGUCGGAGUUGGAGGAGAAGGAUCCGCCAGAGUUGGAGGAGAAGGGUUCGCCGGAGUCGGAGGAGUUGAAGGGUCUGUGGGACUUGGAGGAGAUGGGCUCGCCGGAGAUUUAGGAGAGGGUUUCCCCGGAGUCGGAGAAGAAGGGGGGGCAGGGGUUGGAGAAGAGGGCUUGUCAGGCGUUGAUGGAGAAGAAACAGGGGACGAAGAGCGAGAAGAAGGUGGCGGCAAUGGCGGAGGUGAUGCAGACGGCGAUGACCCAGCAGGCGGCGGCUGGGAUGGCGGAGCAGUUGUCGCAGGAGGAUCCGCAAGGAGUGGCGGUGGCGACCCAUCUGGCGGAGGAACGAUUACAGGGGGAGAUGGCGUCAACAAUGGCGGCGGCGGGAGAGAAGCCGAAGGUGGGGCCGAAGAAGGCGCCGGCAGCGACUCCACUGGCGGCGCUGCGGCAACUGGUGGCGAAGUCGCCGCCGCCGGCGACGAGGAAGGAACUGGCGGGCUGGACGCAGUUUCAGGAGAGGGACCGCCAUCAGAAACAGGCGGUGGCGGGGUAG